AUGGCGCCGCCGUCCAAUGGCGCUCGGCUCCGGCGAGGUCCUCCCACCAACCGGCGGCGGCGAGUUGGCGCCGACAUGAAGCGGCGGCUGGAGUUGGCGUCGUGUUUCUCCGCGCAUCCUGAUUCCCGGGCCUGGGCGGCGGCCUGGAGCCCGAGCGGGGCCCUGCUCGCGUCCUGUGGAGGCGACCGCGCCGUCAGGAUAUGGGCACGAGAAGGCGCCUCCUGGGUCUGCCGGUGGCUGCUGGAGGACGGGCACCAGCGCACUGUGCGCAAGGCGGCGUGGUCGCCCUGCGGCGGCUACCUGGCCUCGGUCAGUUUCGACGCCACCACCUGCAUCUGGAGGAAGAACGAGGACGGAUUCGAGUGUCUGACAACUCUGGAAGGGCACGAGAAUGAAGUGAAGUCUGUUGCCUGGGCUCCAUCGGGUAAUCUCUUGGCAACGUGCAGCCGAGAUAAAAGUGUGUGGGUUUGGGAAGUGGACGAGGAUGAUGAUUAUGAAUGUGUGAGUGUGUUGAAUGCUCACACCCAAGAUGUCAAACAUGUGAUCUGGCACCCAAAUGGAGAGCUCCUGGCUUCUGGAAGUUAUGAUAACAGCAUUAAGCUUUACAAGGAGGAGGAUGAUGACUGGGUCUGUACAAACACCCUGGAAGGGCAUGAAUCUACUGUCUGGAGCAUCGCUUUUGAUAAAACGGGGGAUCAUCUAGUAUCUUGCAGCGAUGACAAAACUGUGAAAAUUUGGAAAGCGUACAGACCUGGCAAUGAACAAGGUGUGGUGUGCAGUGGGUCAGAUCUCUCGUGGAAAUGCGUCUGUACCCUGUCUGGGUUCCAUACACGGACUAUCUAUGACAUCUCCUGGUGUCACCUAACGGGUGCCAUAGCAACGGGCUGUGGGGAUGAUGCGGUCAGGAUAUUUGAGGAGGAUCCUGGCUCAGAUCCACACCAGCCAACAUUCUCACUCACAGCAAAUGUCCCAAAAGCACACACUCAGGAUGUCAACUGUGUGGUGUGGAACCCAAAAGAGGCUGGAACCCUGGCAUCAUGUAGCGAUGAUGGGGACAUCAGCAUCUGGAGAUAUGACUUUGAAGAUUAGUUGUUCUACAUGAACAAUUAAUACAGGUGUUCCCUGCUUUGCAGUGUGCAAAGGCCGCAGUUUUUAAAUUAAUCACUGACUACUUCAUGUAACCAUUUUCAAAUUUGCACUAAAAAUUUUACUACUUGAGGUUCUACCUGCCAGUAAAUGUUGUACAGAGCAUUGGUUACCAUUAAGUAUAAUUUGCCAAAAAAUACAAUCACCAUUUGUUUUUAAUCUACAUUUAGUAUAAAAUCAUCUUGUAAUACUAGAUUACACCUUUCUCUUGUUACUAUUGUGUUUAGAUGUGGCUAGUUCUUGACGUUUCACCGGAUAUAAAACUGGAAUUCUCCCUAGCCCAUGUUCUGAUAUUUAUCAUGAGUGAAUUCCCAAAAAAAAGCUGUUUAAUAAAGUAAUUCAUGCUCAUGUUAACAACUAA